AUGUCGGGGCUAGGAGCCAUUCCUAGGCCUAUGAGUGAUGAGAUCGACAUCACAGAUUCAAAUGGGUCAGAUCAGGACAUAGCAACAGAUUAUAGAGAUGACUCAGGCGACAAAGAGAGAUCCGAUGCAUCCGAGGAGGAUUUAGAUGAUCAGGGUGAUGACACAAAGGAGCAGGAGGUAGGUGGAGACAAAGGUGAUCCUGAUACCAGAGAGGGAGAACAUGAUGGAGAUGAUGACGAGGAUGAGGAUGAGGAUGAGGACGAGGAUGAGGACGACGGCAAGGAGGAUGCAAGCGACGAGGAUGAGUCAGGCAUAGUUCAUCACUCUAGAGAGGAUACCAAAUCCAUAGAUCCACCAAGUCUCCCACGACAGGCAAAGAGGGGUCCUGAUCCUGAUCCUCAUCAGACUAUACUGACUAUACAGAGACAGUAUGAGCAAGAAGAGCCCAUCAGAUCCCAGGCUCAGGCAGUCGUUGUCCCCGAUCCUCACUGGCGAGAGGGAGAUCCAGCUAGCGUCCAAGAAUGGCGUUCUCUGAUUCAAAAUAUAGUGACAGACUUUAUUAUGACUGCACACGUACAAAUACUGCACAGACCCUAG